UUUCCCGCGUAUUUGCUAAACCGGUCAUAAUUUUAUCCAGUAUUUUUAAGUAGCAAUUUGUUUUUAACAAUUUAAUUUAAAACCAGUAAUUAAGCUUAACGUAACUUGCCGUGUUGUCACAUCUCAACAAAAGAACGUGCUCCAUAUCACACUGACAUAAACCAUAACCUGCGUCGAAAAUUGAUCAAAACAAACAAGGUGCAAUGUUGGUUCUUCGCCGGUUAUAUGCUUCCCAAGCUAAAAGCAAAAGAUUCUUCCAACGUAAGAACAUCCCAGACCCCGGAAUUGCGAAGCAAAAGACACUGCUGGACGUUGAUGCAUAUGAUAUCGAUGAUUUCGAAACCACUGAUUACGAAGCCCUGGAAGCCGACUUUAUGAACGUUCACAAGUCCCACAAGGAACAUUUUAGUGAACUGGAGGCACGUAAGGAACGGGAAAAGCUUCUGAUAGUGAAGCAGAAAUACUUCAAGCAACACCUGCCUAAUUUUUUAACUUGGCAAGACACUGAGCAGAUUAGGUACCUUCACAACAACAACCCUGAGGAAUGGACCAUUGAGCGGCUCACAGAAGGAUUUCCUGCCACCGCUGAAGUCAUCCAGAAAGUAGCCAAAGGCAAAUGGGCUAAAAAAACCGAGAACCGAAUACGUAAUCACGAUAAAACGGUGCUUCAAAACUGGAACGAUUUCAAGCAAGGCAAGCUGAAGGAUUUGCCGGAAGAACUAAAGGAGCACCUGAAGAAAUUCUCAAAUAGGACGUUAAACUUUGAAACGCAUGCAAAAGAAUUGAUCGCAAAGUCUCAAGUGAGAGUGCUACCGGGCAAAGGAGAGUUUUCUGAAAUAAUCAGCAGCUACCAGAGAAUGCAAGAGUCCAAACUAGAGAAGCCAGAGGUGACGGAAAUUGAAGAUCGCAGAGAUGUCCCGGAAGUGAAACCACGCAAGCAAAUGUCUAAGUUAGUAACGUUCAAGGAAUUGCAGGCAGAAAUAAGGGCAAAUGUCAUGGAAGAGAGGGAGAUUUCGCCUGAAGAUAAAUUGCUAUCCACCGCAUCUUUUCCUAGAAAAGACGAUACUGAAACAGUGGAUCUUGUGCGGGAAGAUAUUGCGGCUAUAAUAGGAAAGCGGCACGAGACAAAAGCCAGUAAGGGAGUGGGGUUUGUAAGGGAAACCUCCCCAGAUUUAUCACAUUUAAUUUACCCCGAACACAUCACUAUACCUAGGGGUAUUUACAAAAGAGGGUUCACAUAUAAAUUGAACGACUGCUACUAUGAUAGCAACGGGCAAUUUCUCUACAGAGUCCCCGGUAUGGGAUGAAAGCGGAAAGGAUUUAUUUCCAAUAGCUUAUGUUAAGAGUGAAUACAGAUGGUUUACAGCGAA